CUUUGCUCGCUCAUGUUCCGCUAGUUUCCUAAUCCCUAUAUCAACACCAUCGUUUCCAUCUCUCUCUCCCUCUUAUCUCACUCACGCCGCGAUCUCUCUCUCUCUGUCUCUCUCGCUCUCGCACGACCACCUCUAUCCUCUUCUACUGCUUCGGCCUCCCAGAUCCGAUUUGGAGAUAUUGGAUAGUCACAUGUAUGGUCAUAGCUCAAGGAGGGGAAUUGUUUUGAUUCAUUGAAUUGAAGCUCCAUCGCAGAAGUUUGAAGCCGUACGUCUCAUUUGUUGGCAAAAUAAUUCGACAAAAUGGCUAUGUAUAUUCGAGUGAAGCGCAACAAGACUACCUACUUUAUCCAAUGUGAUCCAACUGAGACAGCUUUAAAUAUUAAGCAGAAACUGCAUGCCUUGGUUGAUCAACCACCUGAUAAUCAACGCUUGACAUUGGUAGCAACCAAUGAUGUAUUGGACGAUUCAAAGACGUUGGCAGACCAAAAGGUUGAAAAUGAUGCAAUUGUGGCAUUAUCAGUGAGAAAAGAUUUCUCAGGCAUUUCAUGUCCAGACAUUUUUAAGCUGCUUCUGUGCGGUGAUGAAGUAGAUAUUGAGCUCGGCCUGUUCACUACCACAAAUGUUUGGCAGGCCUGCCUCUUACCAAAAAUGUUUAGAAUUCUUGGUUUUGAGAUGACAACGAAUUUGAGGAAGUUUACAUUGCACGGCCCGAAGAUUUCACAUCAUUCUCAUGAUGGAUGCCACCGUGUUAGUACCAUUGCUGUAAUUUGCACGAAAACAGCAUUUAUGUUACUUGUCAAUCUUACAGUUUUCUAUUCUUUUCCUUUUUUUGCCUCUCGUGAUAGGAUUAAUGUGGUUAGAACCAACUUAUGCCAAGUACGAUCAUUUGGCGAUAAGUUGGUGGCAACUAUGCAUCCUGAACCUCGGAGCAAGUGAGCAAAGAUCGGCUUGUUUCUUGAUAUGAUUUGCUUUUGUGAAUGGUUUCUUUUGGGAAUGAAUGCAUGGAUGAAUGUGUUUUCACCAUUUUA